AAAUCUAAAGUGUGUACUGUAGAAUAACCUGGAACGUUUGGAAUCUGAGACGAAGGUGAAUCUUCAGCGACAGGUCGAACAACUUAGAGAGGAUUGCAUGCUGUAUCGUUCACGACUGGAGAGAGAAGAGGAGGAUCAUCGAAAUGCCAUUAAAUUAUUGGAUAAACAACUAGCUGAGCAGAAAGAGAAGGUAAAUGAGGAAGUUGUGAAGAGGAAGAAAGCAGAGGAUGACCUUGAUGAUGCUUAUGCAAGUGUUCAUCAGUUGAAACAAGAGGUGACAGAAAAGGAUGCCAAAUUUGCUGCAUUAGAAUCUAAAUUAUCCAAAAUGAAACAUUCAGAAGUAGAAAUUACUGAAGCUAAGGAUCUGCGUUUACAGUUGACAGAAGCGAAAAAUGAAAUUAAAGUUCUUGAGGAGAAGUUGGCUUUGUCUCAGAGGACAACAGAUCGUUACAAAACAAUAGCCUCAGAAGUGGAGUUAAGGUUGAAAGAGCAAAAUGAG